GCAUGCAGCUCCUAUGAGGCCCCUGCCGCCGGUCGGCGAUGUCCGGCUGGAGCUGUCUUCUCCGCCGCCGCCGCUGCCGCUGCCGGCUGUGAGCGGGUCUCCAGUCACCUCGUCCGGUCGUCUCAUGGCCUCUAGCAGCUCCCUGGUGCCCGACCGGCUGCGCCUGCCACUCUGCUUCCUGGGAGUCUUUGUCUGCUAUUUCUACUAUGGGAUACUGCAGGAAAAGAUAACAAGAGGAAAGUAUGGAGAGGGAGCCAAGCAGGAGACGUUCACCUUUGCCUUAACUUUGGUCUUCAUCCAAUGUGUGAUCAAUGCUGUGUUUGCCAAGAUCUUGAUCCAGUUUUUUGACACUGCCAGGGUGGAUCGUACUCGGAGCUGGCUCUAUGCUGCCUGUUCUAUCUCCUAUGUGGGUGCCAUGGUCUCCAGCAACUCAGCACUACAGUUUGUCAACUACCCAACUCAGGUCCUUGGUAAAUCCUGCAAGCCAAUCCCAGUCAUGCUCCUUGGGGUGACCCUCUUGAGGAAGAAAUACCCACUGGCCAAGUACUUGUGUGUGUUGCUAAUUGUGGCUGGAGUGGCCCUUUUCAUGUACAAACCCAAGAAAGUAGUUGGGAUGGAAGAACACACAGUCGGCUAUGGAGAGCUGCUCCUGCUGUUGUCUCUGACCCUGGAUGGACUAACAGGUGUUUCCCAGGACCACAUGCGGGCUCAUUACCAAACAGGCUCCAACCACAUGAUGUUGAACGUCAACCUUUGGUCAACAUUGCUGCUGGGAGCCGGGAUCCUGUUCACUGGGGAGUUCUGGGAGUUCUUGAGCUUUGCUGAGAGGUACCCUUCCAUCAGCUAUAACAUCCUGCUCUUCGGCCUGACUAGUGCCCUGGGUCAGAGCUUCAUCUUCAUGACGGUCGUGUAUUUUGGUCCCCUGACCUGCUCCAUCAUCACCACAACUCGAAAGUUCUUCACCAUCUUGGCCUCUGUGAUCCUCUUCGCCAACCCCAUCAGCUCCAUGCAGUGGGUGGGCACGGUGCUUGUGUUUCUGGGUCUUGGUCUUGACGCCAAGUUUGGGAAAGGAACCAAGAAGACAUCCCACUAGGAAGAGAGAGACUACCUCCACGUCGAGAAUAUUUAAGUUAUUAUCUCAAACAGUGACAUCUCUUGGGAAAAGGGACUUCUUAGGAGUAAGGAUCUGAGUUCCAAUCUUUUUUAAAAAACAAAAACAAAACAAAA